GGCCAGGUGUAACGUUUCGCUCAUUGACCGAUCGAUAUAAAACUGUCCGCGCGAGUAUUGGCCGCGAUUAGUUUCAAGUUCACCGGUGAUCAUGUGAGUGCGUGUAUUCUGCUGUAUUCAAAAUGAAGCUGCUUUUCUCAACGGUGCUUGUGUUCCUGAGUGUUUUACUCGCUUUCGGGGAAGCGAGUUCCACCGUUUCGGCCUUACGGAGAACGCUGAAGCAGUUACUGUGGGAAAGUAAAGAUUUGCUGAAGUUGUGCGUUUCGAAGAAUGACACGCAGUGGGAUUGUCUGAGGAGGGAAAGUCUUGCCAUAGUUGAUAACUUUGCCCGCAGUGAAAGAAUCCCGCUUUUUGCGGGAACUUCAUUGGUGCGAGUGCAGAAUGUUGCUGAAAAUAACCAAGAGAAUGAUGUGGAGAUGACUUUGAAUACUGAUGGUAACGAAACCUCUUCGGUUGGAGUAAAACAAAGCCGAAACAAAGCGAUUCCGAGCGAAUCUUGGCAAGACCACGUAUUGAAUGCAUUGGAUACCAUGCUUGAAACGCAUGUUUUGCAGGUGGAUCUGCUUCAGGAUGGCACCGGCGAGAAGCGGCGAAUUAAAGCAAAAAAGCAUCUAUGGUUUUGGCAGCAAGAUGAAAAAUCGGCUGUAGAAGGGCGCCAUCGGCGUCACCGCCACCAGAUGAUUCCGAUGAUGAUUUUCGGCGUGACGGUGUUCGGAAUGUUCGUCAUCCCGAUCGGAUUUCAAUUUCUGGCGGCACUCAGCGGAAAGGCUUUCCUGAUGGCAAAACUCGCACUGCUGCUGGCGUCGAUUAACGGACUCAAAAGGCCUUCCUCUGUUCAACAGGUAGCGAGUCCCGGAGUUCACUAUGGACUGUACCACACGGUCGAUCCCCACCAUCUACCGCACUCACCGGCCUUGUUUUACGACCGUGAGUCGACAUUUGGUCCUCGCAAUUUGCCACCGACAGAAUAGCAGCUAGACUAUAGCCGUAGAAGAAAACGUAGCCAAUUAGGGAGAAACUUUUUCGGUCUGUCCGGCGCCUCAUCGGGGCAACUCGCUCAGUCCACUACGAUCGGGGCUACACCGACCCCGGCUCCUCAAUUCCUGCAGCUUUGGGGUCACGUUGUACCUCCCUAUCAUCCAGCAUACGGACCGUUUCAACCGCACGGGUACCCACAACAUCCUUCAUUUGGUCCCGUCCCGGAGGGACCUCCGGGUCCACCACUCUGGACUCCGAUGACCCAGUACCUAGCCCUGAUGUCCAACGCAGUGUCGGCCAGUUUCCACAUGUAUAUGAACUUCGUGCGGAGUGUCUACGCCAGCUGUCGGCACUUCAUGUCCGAACUAUUUUGGUCCAACGUAAGAACGCUGAUGCCAUACUUUGCGUCGCCUUGGAUGAUGCGGUGGCUGAAUGGGGCCGGACCUAUUCCACACCCUCCGUUGCCACCCCCACAGCAUGCGGCCUAUCCACUGCUUGGCCAGUAUGGUUACUUGCCAGGUAAUUUACCCGAAGCCGGACCAGAAGUUGGAAUCCAGUAGAGCGUCGUUGAUAUAUUUUGUAGAAUAAAAAAAUGAUAGACUGAGUAGUGAAAAUUGAACGGGGCAUUUUAUCAUAAUACAUUAGUAGAAUUUCAGAAGAUAAAAGUGUGUCUAUUUUAACAGCUAUGGCAUACAGAAGCAUUGAGUUAAUAAUAGUUUAGAGUUUUCUUGUAUGUUUUUUUUGUAAACUAUUUUUGUUAAAAUAAUUUCAUCUCAUAUAAAAAAAUCGAAAAAAGUCAUACGAUGGUUGGUUAUAAUUUCGGCUGAGCAGUCUUGA